AUGAGCUCUUGUGCUUUAUUUGAAAGACAAUUAUGGAGAAAUGACAAAUGCAAACACUGUUUUAAAACAGAGCCUGAACAUUCUUUAAUUAGGUCUUCUUCACAGGAUGUAUUGUUUGGUAAAUUACAACAACAACAGCAACAGCAACAACAACAACAACAACAACAGAAUAGUGCAUCUCCCAGUAGUACUACUUCAGCAUCAGCAACAGCAACACAAACAGUAUCUUUGAAAUCUACACUUACCUAUCAUAGAAAAGGCAAACCAAUAGCACCGAUCAAUCCAUCGGUCGACAAGGCACCACUUUCAAUCAGGAGAACACUCACUCCAGCGGCAAUCGAAACAUUCUCAAAGCGAAUUUCACAAUCACCUCCAACUUCGCCAACCACCAAUAGGAUUAUCAAUAAAUCUGUGAAGUCACCUGGAUCUUCACCACUGACAGUUUCCUCAACAGCAACGACAACCACAACAUCAUCAGCAUCAACAACAAUAAACAAAUCAAGUGAUUCACUACAAAACAGACAACAACCAGCAUCACCAUACAAACCUCCAACACCAACAUUGUCAUCGGCCAACAGCACACCAUCUGGAACACCACCAAAUUCUGUAUCACCUAAAAUGGAACCAAUCGGUGGUACCUCGAACAAUGUUGCUGUUUCCACCUCAAAACCACCAACCUCAUCGAUUUCACCGACAACCUCUUCAAAUUCACUUCGAAAGACAGUUUUGAGUCGUGGUGAUAGUGGACUGUCGGAGGACGUCGAGCUGGCAGCACAACCAAAAGUAUCGCCAUCUCGUCAGAGUAGAUCGCAAUCCGCUGACAACUCAUCUGUCACCUCCAACUCAAACGAUUCAAUCACACCGAUCAAACCGAAAUCGGGUUCAUUCUUCCUACCGACAUCAUCUUCAUCACCGUCGAUACCGGUAUACCAACAGAAACAUGUUCGCGAUCAAAAUGGAAUCUAUGGAUCAUCACCCAAUUUCAAGGCGGCAACAAACUUGCCCGCAUCUUCAUCGUCGUUGCUCUCACCCGUCUCGAAAGGCAACGGCGCCACUGGUAGCAGCGGAAGUGGAUCUAGCUUCUCACUGAGCAGCUCACCAGUUCCCUCACCGAGAACUCACCCGAUUGCAAAGGGCAUCAUCAAACUCAAGAAAAACAGUGAACUCAAGAAAUCAAACUCCACACUGAAACGCAAGAAUCUCGCCAACAUGGCAGAGCAAAACAACGAGAAACUAAAGAUAUUCGGUGCGAUACAAUCGAUCUUACUGGCACUGCCGGGCAUCUCUUCGAAUGUAGUACUCAACAUCAUGGACAUUCUCUACAGUCAGGAUUUGAACGUUGAUUUCAACACACUGGUGAGCGAUCCCUACUUUUCACAGAUGGCACCGUCGAUCGCCGUUCUAAACAGCUGGAUGGAUUCACAAGAGUAUAUUCGCGAUGUCAUCACAGUUCAGAGUUGUGUACGUCGUUUCUUGGCGCGUCGAAGAACCGAGUGGUUGGCACAGGUAUACACCGGCUCGGUGUUACGCGAGCGAAACAUUGCAUUCCGUCAUCUCGUCCAAGAGGAACGUCGCUACAACACCAACCUCGAAAUCAUCUUGCAAUACUAUUACCGUCCACUUAAGAACGCUGCUUUAGUUUCAGACGAGGAUUUCAAGUCGAUAUUCAGUUCCAUAGAGGAGAUCUAUAGUGUACACCAAAGAAUACUGCUGCAAUUUGAAUUGCUGAAUGAGAGAUGGCCGUGUGUAGAGGGUCUCGGUGAUAUCUUUUUGAGAAUAGCACCGGAUCUCAAAGUCUAUGGAAACUAUGUAAAGAACUUUAAGAAUGCAAUCGAUACACUCGAUCGCUGUAGAAAUGAAAAUCCGAAAUUCGCCAACUUUAUAUCAGAGUGUUGUGAUAACACUCCCGGUAGAGUGUAUGAUCUUAUGGCAUUGAUUGCAACUCCACUCAAUCAUUUAUCUGUAUAUCAAAGACAAUUAUUUACUAUUGCAAGUCAUACUCCGAAUAAUUGGCCAGAUUAUGUAAAUAUAAACAAUUCAGUGACAAUGAUGAAAGAGAUUGAACAACUCGUACAAGAUAACUUGGCACAAGCACAGAAUGCAGCAACUCUUAUAAAUAUCUAUAGGAAGAUUAAUAAUAAGAAAGCAUUAGAUCCUUUUGUUAUACCAGGUAGAAUAUAUUUACAUGAAGGUAAACUAACAAAGUUUGAGUUGAAGAAACAAGAUCAAGUCUAUUUCUACUAUCUAUGUAACGAUAUAAUUGUAUUUGGAAAGAAAUAUCAAAAGGAUCUAUUAAAAUUUAAGAAUCUAUUUUAUUUAUCAGAUGUUGUCGUAUCAGAUCAACCUGAUAACUCAAAUCAUAAAAAUAUUAUAACAAUAUCAAAGAAAGGAGGUGAAACUUAUUCAUUCCAAGUUGAUGAUGCCGAAGAAAAGAAAGAUCUUUUGAAACUCUUUGGUGAGUUAUGUACAACUACUGUUAAUAAGAAAUUAUUUGGUACAUCAAUAUCAGAGUUGGUUCAAAGGGAAGGACCGAAUGUAUUAGUACCAAGUUUUAUUAUAAAAUCAUGUAAUGCAAUUUUAAAUCAUUUGAAUACAGAAGGAUUGUUUAGAGUUUCACCAAAUCAAUUGGAAGUAGAUCAAUUCAAAGAGAGUUUGAAUAAGUGUACAAUUGCUAAUAUGGAUGCUUUAAUAGCUAAGCAAGGUCCUCAUCAUCUAGCGGCGGUCAUCAAGACAUUCUUUAGGGAUAUGACAACACCGCUGCUGACACACGAGUUGUUUGACAAGAUCGUCGAAUUGGGUGACAGUGAGUGCGCACCACGCGAAAAGAUUGCUAGUAUACGCUCGAUGCUCAGCAGCAUACCUGCGUGCAAUCAGGCAACACUCCAAGCGAUCGUCACAAUGCUCCGCUUGGUAGGACAGAACAGCGAGCGCAACAAAAUGAAUCAUUCCAACCUAGCGAUCGUAUUCGGUCCAAAUCUUGUGAAACCUGCACAUCAAACCAUUGAAACAUCACUCAAGAUACCACUGAUCAACAAUGUUAUCACUUUGAUUCUCGAUAACUACCAGCAAGUCUAUCAAGAUCUAUUGGAUUGUCAACCAUCAUUAUCAUCAUCAUCAUCAUCGUCAAAUUUAUGUGUGAGAGAGAGAAUGAAAUUAUUUGUACCACUUUUAAUAACUGUUUGUCUGAUAUGUCCUUUGUUUGUUAUGGCAGAAGAAAUAGUUGAGAGCACCAAGGUAUUUGGUGAUAGUUUAAAUCCAACUUUUUCAGACUAUAGUUUUGGUUCGAGAAGACUGAGUGCAAAGACUGUAAAGUCUGGAUCGAUUUCAAUUCAAAUGGGACUUGAUAGAACAACUGCCAUUUGGUAUGGAUUAACAGAUGCCAAUCAAGGUUUUGAUCCUUCCUCUAAUUUAACAUUUUAUAUUAAUUGUGGAAAGAAUAUUGAUGUUCCAAUUGAAAUUUUGUUUAGAGAAAGUGAUAACAAACCAUCGAAAUCACUUUUGUUGACUAGCUAUGAUGCCCCAGAAAAAUCAAUUCUCAAGAGAACUACUCUCACUCCAGAUACUUGGGAACUCGUCUCUGUUCCAAUCCAAAUGUUCUAUCCAAAUGACCAGGAACAUCAUUUCUACCAUACAUUUACCAUCAAGAAUACCAAGCAAAGACGUGAUGAAUCUAUCUAUUUCGAUGAAAUUGAAAUUACCAAGAAAGAAGCUCCAAUCAGCCCACCAAACAGCAAGAAUAGUCAAACUGGUGGAGAUAACACUGCCUUUGGAAAGAAUGACAACAACAACAAAGUUGCUUCCAACUGUUUACAUAGUAUCGAUGAAAUCUACAAGAUUUUGGAACCAGCUCAACCAUACUUUACUCGUGAUCCAAUUGCUCACUCUUUCUACUCCACUGAAUACAAAGCUUUUGGUAAUAAUCAAGACACUCCAAUCUGGCAUUUCAUUCCACAGAUGGGUCGUGUCCACUUUAUUAGUGAUACCGUAAUUAGAGUCACCGGUCCAAUCCUCCCAAAACAACAGGAAAACAAAGUAGUUACAAACGCUGGUUGGUGGGUCGAUCUUUGGUUCUCUAGAACAUGGGACCGUUCCGAUUUAAAGACUGAGCUUCCAGAGGAUUUCUACGUUGGUCGUUCACCAACUGGAAAAGUUAAUCCAGACACCUGGAAUCUCUAUAUGCCUAUGCCAGGUAAAUGUACAUUCUAUGGAAUCGGAUCGAAUCAACACAAAUCGCUCAAUGUCACUCGUGCUGCCAUGGAUGUUCCACUGAUGGUUGGAGAGGGUGCCAACGGAAAGAACACAGAACUUGGAAUGUCAGUAUGGUUGGAACUCGAUCAACCAGAGACUCCAGAGAACGAGAAGAUCGUCAUGGACAUGAAUGUCAACAUUGUCGAUCCACCACCCGUCACUCGUAAUCACAUGCCAGUUUCAUUCUGUAGAAACGACUCGAUGGCGUUGGUCGUCGAAACCUACUUGGAUAUCGAUCACGACAACGUGAAGGACUCUCAUGAGUUUGGUGUUCCAGGUGUAGUUAUCCACUUGACCGACAAAAGUGGUAAUCCAGUCUACGAUGUCAGCGGAAGAGAAGUCCGACCUGUCAAGACCGACAUUGAUGGAAAAUACUUUUUCGAUCGUCUAGAGUUUGGCGAGUACAGAAUCAACUAUCGAUUCACCACCCCACUCCACGCACAGAUCAUCAACUCAUUCGCCACAACCACACCAAUGCCAGGCACCGGUUCCUACACCAGUCGUAUCGUUGUCAACCACCAACACGAGCGUGUCAAACAAGUUGUUGAACAUUUGCACCCAGUCAGAUCCUGUAAAAUUAUCAAUGAAAUACCAUUAGCACUUGCCAUAGAAUAG